AUGACAAGGCAGCAACAUAAUUUUCAAUCACAUUUUACAUUAAUAAAAAAUCCUAAUAAUUUUACAAAUGCUUUAGCUAUAUGUAAUUAUUGUAUAACUAAAUAUGGUGAUAUAAGAGCAGUUCAAAUUAAACCAGAAUAUUAUACUGUAAAUCAUGCACGCCUUUGUCGUAAUCAUUUAGCAAAAUAUCCAAAUUUUUGUGAAUAUGUUGAUGAUGAAGAAGUGCAAAAAAUUCUAGCUUUAUCAGUUCUAGAAGAUAAAAAAAAC